AUGUGUUUUGAGGCGGAGUUUGGGCAUUCUAGUAUACCGAGGACGAAAAAUUUACUUUUUCUUUCCAUUUUACUAGGUAAGGUAAGGAAUUUGUUCUUUCUAGUCCUCGCCGCCUGCUCGUGGCAGCGUCCUCACGUCAUCGUCCUCGACGAGCCCACCAACUAUCUCGACCGUGACUCUCUGGGUGCCCUGUCCAAGGCUCUCAAGACUUUCGAGGGUGGUGUCGUUAUCAUUACCCACUCCCGUGAGUUCACCGAGAACAUGAUAAAUUCUGCCUUCAGGUUUCUAGACGGAACACAUACAAGCCUAGGACCAUGA